GAAAUUAUUAAUUCAACCAUUAUUCAGAAAUGUUAAUGUUUAAUAAAGAGACGAGGAUUAAGUUUUAAUAAAGAGACGAGGAUUAAGUUAAACUGUCAUCUUACAACCUCACUCAUUGACAUGUUUUCAAAGCGUGGAGAUUUAGAGAAGGCACCUGAGGUAUUUUAUUCAGCAGAGAAGGGAGAUGUGUCUGUUUGGAGGGCAAUGAUUGCUGGUUUGGCAAUGCAUGUACGCGUUAGGGCUGCAAUAGAUUUAUUCUUUAAAAUGCAAGAAGCCAAGGUCAAGCCUAAUUCUGCAACUUUUACCAAUCUAUUAUGUGCUUGUAGUCAGACAGGUUUGGUGCAGGAGGGCCAGUUAUUUUUCAAUCAGAUGGAGCCAAUUUAUGGGGUUCCACCUGAAAGCCAACACUAUGCAUGCCUGGUGAAUUUACUUGGUCGUGCAGGCCUUUUGACAGAAGCUGUUGAAGUUAUAGAGAAAAUGCCUAUAGUUCCUGGUGAUUCUGUUCGGGGAGCUCCACUUGGAGCCUGUAAAAUUCAUGGGAAUGUUGAAAUUGCAGAACAGGCUUAUAGCCGUUUGCUUGAGUUGGACCCUGAAAAUCAUGCCCCAUAUGUGCUCUUAUCUAAUGUUUAUGCCAAAAUGGGGAAAUGGGACAGUAUUUCUAAAUUAAGGAAGCAUAUGUGAGUCUCUAAACUAGAUAAAGAAUGAGGUUGUAG